CUGGACUUAUUUCAUCUACAAACUUCAGGAUCUGGUGCUGCCUUCAGUGCGCGUCGGACACGUCGCUUCCAAUGAACAGUAGUCGUCAGUUACCCCAAAAGACAGAAAAGAGAAGAGGGGAACUUCUGGGGAGCUGGCACAAUUGGCAGAAUACUUUUAUUGCCUGCAGCAUCUACAGCAACCAUUUUGUUAGAAGAGCAUGUGACAAAGGGGCUCAAACACAGUCGAGGGUUCAGGCACAAGAAUGUGAGCCAGUAUGAAGACAAGUGUGCCUGUUUCUACAGUUUAACACUGCAGCCAGCUGCCUGAAAUUGAGGUGCAAACCACGAAGCAAUAAAACUAGUGUUGGAAGAACUGUCAUGAUGAAUCAGACCACCGGUUACGUGGGAAUUGUUGCCAUUUACAAUGAUAGUAUCAUCCUUGGGAAUGGCAGCAUGGGCAUCCUGAUCAUCCCUAAACCCAUGAACACAGCCAUUAAUAUUUUGACCGUGAUCAUCCUCUUCAUCACCAUGAUUUCCCUCGGCUGCACGAUGGAGAUCUCCAAAAUUAAGGCCCAUCUUCUCAAGCCAAAAGGGGUGGCCAUUGCUUUGCUGGCCCAGUUCUGCGUAAUGCCCCUGACUGCUUUCUCUUUGACCAAAAUCCUCCGGAUGGAUCCGAUUAAGACCGUUACUGUACUCAUCUGUGGCUGCUGUCCAGGAGGAAGCUUAUCAAACAUUUUUUCUCUCUCAGUAAAAGGUGACAUGAAUCUCAGUAUCGUCAUGACAACUUGCUCCAGCAUUGCCGCCCUGGUUCUCAUGCCUCUGCUGCUGUACAUCUUCAGCCAAGGCUUUACUGGUCUGAAAGAUGCUGUUCCUUAUGUCGGCAUCAUCACUGCUCUCGUGUUUACCCUGUUGCCUUGUGCCAUCGGCAUUUUCAUCAACCACUACAAAUCAAACUACUCUGCAACUGUAACAAAAGUUGGUCUCGGCAUCCUGAUAAUAUCCAGCAUCAUAGUUUCUGUCCUUUCUGGCCUCGCUGUGAAGGAUGUGAUAUGGAUGAUCCUCAUGCCAGACGUCCUCGCUGUGGCUGCACUGAUGCCUCUGAUUGGUUUUAUAAUGGGAUAUGUCAUGUCGGUCAUUUGCAGACUCAGCCCACAAUGCAGCAGAACCAUCUCCAUGGAGACAGGGUUUCAAAACAUCCAGCUGUGCACCACCAUUCUUAAGGUGGCCUUUUCUCCACAGUCCAUCGGACCCUUGUUUUUAUUCCCCUUGUUGUACAUCACAUUCCAGUGUGCAGAGGCCCUCCUUCUGGCAUUGUGCUUCAGAUGUUACCAAAGAGUCACGGCACCACACGGGGAUCCAAACAAAUGGCAGAAUGUUGAUGCCCAACAAGAAGAGGUGAAACAAUGAUCUACAAAGAGACCAAUGCAUUCUUGGAGAAACGUACCUAAAAAGGUGUGCCAAGCUUCAAACCUGUGACAUUGACUGAAAGUCUGCCAAAGCCUUGGCAGUUAAAAAUGCCUGCUGUCACAGCCAAAAUGUUUUUUUGUAGUUCCACAAAUGUUGAAUUUUUUAAAACUUUAUAAACAACAAUUUUGUUUGAGAAACAAUCGGAUUACAUUAAUUUCAACAAGCUUUAUUAUCCUGGCUAAUCAUAAAACUAACUUUAACACUGACUGCUAAUGUGUCUGAAAUCUUUCUGUGUGCCAAAACCAUUUGCUUUCAAACUCUUCUGCUCUCCCAGAUGACCAAUCUUCAAAAAUCUUGACAUAAUUUGGUAGUGUUCUGUAUAUUUAUUAGUGUGGGAGAAGACCAAGAUGCUCCAAGAUCUUUAAAUGCCUCACAUCCAGCAUGCCAGUGAAAACCGCAGUAAAAAAAAAAGGUAAACUACUAUGAUUAUGGUUAUGACUGUAGAACAUUAAUUACAUUUUUGAUAAGUUUCCCUUCAAGAAUCGUUAAACAAUGUUUUUUGAAAACAAGAACUUGGUGAACAGGUUUGAUUUUGACCUUGGAUUUCCCAUAAGCCAAAGAAGGUCAAAUUGUACUCACAAAGUCAAAUAUGCGCAUAGUUGUGGAUUAGCAAAUUGCAUCUCGACAACAUGCUUUUUGUAGCUAUCAGCAAGCCUUUGGCAUAAUUCAGCAUGACCUCAGAUGUGUUUUCAUUAAAAUUCAGAAACUUCUGUGCCGUCAAAUUAUUAUGUGAACUGAGUCAGCAAUACACUUUUGGUGGCAAAUAAACCUCUGCAUAAAAAGGAAAUCUGCUUCCAGAAAACAACAGGUACAAAGAAAAAAAUAAGUCCAGGAAUGGAGCCUUACAUGGAAGGUUAAAGGAGUUACAUUUUUUUUAUGCUAAUACAAACCUUUAUAUCUGAAACUUAGAAAAACAUUUCACCAUAAUAAGACAAGUGAUGUCAAAACAGCACUAAAAAAUGAUAAAAAGCAGAUUGAACACAUCAAAUAAUAUUUAAUCAAAUUUACAUGAUAUAUACAGAAUAAUCAGACCUUAAUUAUUAUUAUUAUUUUUUUACGUAUAUUAGAACGCAGCUGUAACAAAAACAUACACCCUUUGAUCUAAAAGUAAACUCAGUAGAAGGUCAAAUAAAGCAAACACUGAAAUUACACUGAUCUGUACAUUUGUUCUUUUUGCUAUCUUGCUUUUUCUGACGGACGCAUCUGCCCAUACACUUCACGUCACAACUGACGUCACGGCAGCCAAAGGAAAAUGAACUACAAACUACCUUUGAGAGACUACACGAGCUGCAGAGGCAUCACAACAGCUGAUCAACAGCUUUCUUGGCACAAAUAAAUUACAAACACGUUUUAGGCUUGAAGCAGGAGUUUCCCAGCAGCCUCAAUAAAUUAACAAAAGACAAUAUCUUCAGGUGAGGUGUUUCACAAUGCCACAGAUAAUCAAUCACUAAGCAGUGAGGGCAUUUUACUGACAUUCACUUUUAAAACUCCUUAUUUCACAUACUAUAGAUACCUGUGCAUAGAAGUGGAAAGCUAAGGCCUUAUAAGGGAAGGAAUAUGAGCAUGAAGAGGGAAAACCAGAAGGAGAAAUAGGAUGGAUGUAUUAUUAUCCUACAUACUGACGUGUAACUGUUGACUAAAACGUCCAAAUGUUAGAAGAAAACACUAUAAGCUUUUACUACUUCAAUAGUAACGUGGGUUCAUGCAUCUUAGCAAAUGUGUUUCUUAAGUGAUGUGUGAUUUAUGUAAAUAGUAAACAAGUCAGAUUUUUGUUUUUACAAAAUGAGUUUACAGAUUUGCUCAAUAAACUGCAAAGCGUCAUUUUUAA